UCAUUGGACUUUUAAAUAAUCACCCCCUUGUUUUCCAUAUUGUCUCUGAAUAAUGUUUAUAAAAACCCCUUUCUCUUUGUGUUCUAAAUUCUUGUGUCUAUCUGUUUGUAAAAAACAGGUGCAUUGUGAUUUUGGUUUGCAGCCUGCAGGACUUAUAACAACUUACCAUUGUUGAUUUGUUGGUUCAGCAAUAAAAAUACACAUACACACAGGUACUAGUAGUUGUCUAGCAGCUCAUCUUCAGGAAAUGGCGGCUCAAUUCAUUCAAUUUGCUACUCCUACACACAACUCUAACCUCAAAGAUGGUAUUGGGCUAAUUGGUCUGAAAGCCAAGCCAUUGAGUUUGCAUAUGAAGGCUUUUUGUGGGUAUAAUAAAGCAAGAGCUAAAACAACCAUGAAUGACAGCAAUAAUAACAUUGGUGAUAGUAAGGCAAUCAACAUUCCUAGACAUUGGUACAAUUUAAAUGCUGAUCUUCCCAUUAAACUCCCUCCACUUCUUGACUCUAAGACAUUUAAGCCUACAACAUCCCAAGAUUUGGGACCCCUUUUUCCAAAGGAGUUGAUCCAUCAAGAACUAAGUGAUGAAAGAUACAUCGAAAUACCCCAAGAAGUUCGGGAUAUUUAUGGAUUAUGGAGACCUACUCCUUUAAUCAGAGCUAGAAGAUUGGAGAAGUUUUUGGAUACCCCAGCAAGGAUAUAUUAUAAGUAUGAAGGUGUUAGUCCCUCAGGGUCACACAAGCCUAAUAGUGCAGUGCCACAAGUCUGGUAUAAUGCUCAAGAAGGUGUCAAGAAAGUUGUUACUGAAACUGGUGCUGCACAAUGGGGAAGUGCUCUUGCCUUUGCUUCCAGUCUAUUCAACCUUGAAUGUGAGGUGUGGCAAGUUCGUGCCUCAUAUGACAGUAAACCACAAAGAAAAUUAAUGAUGCAAACAUGGGGUGCCAAGGUACAUCCUUCACCAUCUAACAUUACUGAAGCAGGUAGAAAAAUUCUUGCUAUCAAUGAAUCAAACACAGGAAGUUUAGGGAUUGCAAUAUCUGAAGCUUUAGAGAUGGUAUCAAAUAACAUUGAUACUACAAAAUAUUGUGCGGGAAGUGUUUUCAACCAUGUUUUGUUGCACCAAACAAUAAUAGGGGAAGAAUGUCUUAAGCAAAUGGAAGCCAUUGGUGAAGCUCCAGAUGUUAUAAUUGGAUGUACUGGUGGUGGUGCAUGUUUUGGAGGGUUAUGUUUUCCUUUUCUUAGGGAAAAACUUAACAACAAUAUUAAUCCUCGUGUAAUAGCUGUUGAACCUACAGCUUGUCCUUCAUUGACUAAAGGAGUUUAUGCUUAUGAUUAUGGUGAUACUAUGGGGAUGACACCUUUGAUGAAGAUGCAUACACUUGGUCAUGAGUUUAUUCCUGACCCUAAGCAUGUUGGUGGGUUACGUUAUCAUGGUAUGGCACCACUUAUUUCACAUGUAUACGAGUUGGGAUUGAUAGAAGCAAUAGCUCUUCCUCAACUGGAAUGCUUCAAAGGUGCCAUUGAAUUUGCAAGAACCGAAGGAUUAAUUGCAGCACAGGAAUCAACUCAUACUAUAGCCGCUGUAAUCAAGGAAGCUUCACGUUGCAAGGAAACGGGAGAAUCUAAAGUGAUUUUGAUGGCACUCUCAGGAAAUGGCAAUUUCGACUUGUCAGCUUACGAUAAGUAUCUACAAGGAAACUUAACUGAUUUGGCUUUUUCAGAGGAGAAGAUACGAGACUCGCUAGCCAGUAUCCCUAGCCUUGCGUAGGCUUCAUGUAUCAUGCCUGUUACUUGAACUCGCAUACUUAUGUCAGACAUGGAUAUAUAAGUCAAUGUAUCCAAGUCGAUAGUUAAUCAAUAAUUUAAGAUGAUAGGUUCAUUAAACAACAAUUACUUAUUGUUGAAGUACUAGUAUCUCGGAGAAAAGUUGCAAAUUGCAAACGUAUUAAGUUUAAUGUAACGUUUGUGAAUUACUUGCAUUUGAUUUCAAUAUUCGAAUUUCAAAUAUUGAAAUUGAGAUCUGAAA